CUACAUCGUACAUUUUCCAAACAGUACCUAGCCCACAUGGCUUUCGACAAAGCUUUUGAUUAAAGCAAUGCAUUUCACACCUUGCUCAGAUCUAUUUGGAUAGUUGGGGAUAUUAUACGUGACUAACAUUGUUGCAGCCAUGUGGCUUCGAGUAUUUGAGGCCUGGCUGACCGCCCGACUCCUCGCGAGUCCGGGUUUCCAUCGUGCCGUUCGACGAGUCUAUGGGAAGGUCCGCGAAAUCCGACAUGGUGAACCUUCCCAGGAAGUUGACAGCACACGUUUGGAUAGAAAUGACAAUUUUAAUGGGAAAAAAUUCAUCCAAUACUAUGUCGAGGAACUCAAGGAGCAGCUUCGUGGUGGCCCACCAAAACGAUGAUUGCCAACCCUAUCUGGCGUGGCAGUGCACACGUUCAUGCAUUUAUUGACACUCUCGGACCGGAUUUGAUUCACGCUCUAGCAGGCGCGGUCUGGCGUUUGAUUUUAUUGGAUUCUUGUAGACGAAAACUGUACAAUUGCGAUAUACCCCACAUAUGGUCGUUGCUCUUCCUCUCAUUUCAUCCUUUCAAUUCAGGACUUGACGCACUAUCAUCAACCCGGAUUUUAGGUUUGGGCUAUCUUGUCAUAUCUCCAUGUUAUUUGGCUCUCAUUCCUUCCGGAGAGGAACCACUCUUUGGAAACCUAGAACCACGCACUACCACAAUUGCGCGGAUUCGUUCUCUGUCGGUGUACAUAUCUCUAUUAUCCAGUUGGCGUAGGGGCGCCGCGCGGCU